AUGAGUUCCGAUAGUGAAGGAGUAUUUUUAACACAGUCAACAUUUACAACAGAAAAUACUGUUGUAGAUACAGAUGAGAUAUUAAGUGAUGUCCUGGAUUUACAGAAGGAAAAUAUUACACCUCGGCCAAAUUUCAACAUUUUAAGUGAGAUGUUCUCAGACAUCUCGGAAGAUGAAAUGACAGAAAUAACUCAAGUUGUUGAAGAAGUUGAAACACGGCGACGAUUUGCAAUUCCCAUGCAGGAUGGUGAUUUGAAAAAAAAUGUUGCUGGAGAAUCAUGUGUAAACACAGAAAACAAAACGAAAUGGGCUUUAAAAGUUUUUGAUUCAUGGAUUGAACAGCGACUGAUACAAUCCAAAAACAAUGAAAAGCUGAAAAACUUUCCUAACAACUUACUGGAUUUACCUGUCUCCGAUAUUAAUGAGGCUCUGACUUAUUUUGUAGCUGAAGUUCGAAAUAAGAAUGGUGAGGAGUACAGACCAAACACACUGUAUGAAUUAAUUAUAUCUAUACAACAUUAUUUUCGGCAAAAUGGACGUUUUGUGAAUAUUUUGGAUGAUACAGAGUUUGCAGGACUGAGAGGGGUACUAGACGCCAGGAUGAAAAACCUCGCAAAACAAGGUUUGGGAAUAAACAAAAAGCAGGCAGAAAUUAUAACGGAAGAACAAGAGCAGUUGAUGUGGGAGAAAGGUGUCUUGGGGACAGACACACCAGAAAAACUUUUAAACACAUUAGUGUAUCAACUGGGUUUGAAUUUUGCAUUGAGAGCAGGCCAAGAACAUAGGAAUCUUAGAUGUGGACCUUAUAGUCAAAUUACAGUGAAACAGGAUUCUGAUGGCAAAACAUAUUUGAAAUACAGAGAAGAUGUAUCAAAAACGAAUGCCGGAGGACUUCUCCAUCGUAAGGUGACACCAAAAGUUACAAGGGCCUAUGAAAACACAGUACUUCCAGACCAAUGUCCUGUGAAGAUAUACCAGAAAUUCAUGAGCCUAAGGUAA